GGCGAGUAGUAGAUUCGGGUUUGUGUCGUGUGAACACACCACAUUUGCAGCGAUCUUUUGCAUGUACAGAGUACAGACAUCUGCGCCGAUGUCUGCGCAGACAGAUCGUUGCGUGUGGACCGGGCUUAUUGUUUGUUUUGCAUCCAUUUCCUACGUAAUUUACGAAAUAUUUGAGUUUUUUUGCCUACAAGGAUUUGUGUAGUAUCAGAAGGCACAUAUAUUUCUAAAAAUGAUUCUAAAAUAAGUAUGGACAAAAACCAUGAAUCGAGUGGCUAACUACAACACAUUCGUGAAGAAACAUUCGUGAUGUUGAAUAGAAUUCUAGCUUACCUUGUAGAUAUCAAAAGAAUUUAAAAACACAUAUUCACACGUAAGAAGCACAGACAUAUGCCUCUACAUGCAAAAGCUAUCGGCAGCUCAUUUAUCGUUCGGUAGGCCUACUGUAUUUGUCAUUGUCGCCUGUUACCACAGGUACGACCUUUAUCUUUUGGAACAAGCAACUGCCAAAUAGUGGGUGAAAUAUUUGAAUAAUUUUCAAACAAUCUGUCAGUGAACAAGGUGCUAACAAAAUAAUGUCAUCCCACGAAAGAACCAAGGAAAAUUAAUUGACUAACAAGAGAAAUGAAUGAAAUACAUAGCAAACGUUGCACUUUUAUAAGACACGAAUAACUGCUCUUAAUCUCACCACUUCAUCGUCAGAGCAGGUCUGUGUUGACUAUCCACAAGAAUCUGGCACUGAUACGUAGAGAUCUGGACUGGCUCUUUCUGUCUCAUAGGACAGCUUUAGAUGGAUUGUCGAAUCAUUGUAGCAGUUCCCUCUUCAUUUUCAGUUGAGGUGGCUUAUUUGGGAUGUCAAACAGUGUGGGUACUGCAUUCCACACAAGUUGUCUGCGUUCAUGAACUGCGAGCAAAACCUUAUAUUAUUAAACAGGUAUACUGGGUAUUUUUUCAUUAGUUCUUCUCGUCUGCUAUUAACUAUCGCUUUUCUGCUCGUAAAACGAAACAUUAAUCAUUAAUGUACAUGUAGUUUGCAAGUGAAUCCUGACGAUACAGUUUAGUAACAUGACGGUAUAUUCCUCUCAGGAUCCUUUGGAAACCUGAAAAAAAGACAGCUGUGGUGUCUUCUUCCAGUUGUUGUUGCAAUUUAUAGUACUACAAACUGUCUCGCUUGUUAAAACCAUUGUAGAAAUCAAAACAAACAACCACUAUUCGCUUGCACAUUCGCGCCGAACUCACAUUUACUGGCCGCUUGGCGCGGUCGGCAACAAAAUCGAGGCGAAAUGUCGCGACUGUUAUGUUACUGUGGUAGACAAUUCAACAUUGUAACACCAGAUGACUCCCGAGUGCCACCAGAUUUAUCUGUAACCAGUGUCGAUACUCUUUUGUUUGUGUUCAUAUUGUUAUGUUUAUGCCCAGGGAUGUUGUAGCAUAGGGUCGAGGAAUAUGGAAAUGGUUUGAUGUACUGAACGACGUAGACUUAAAGAAUUUGCGUCCUCGGUGUCUUUUUCAGAAUGAACUUCGUUGUUGGCGGUAUCAACAGCUUGCGAUCCGUCGCAGCACCACUGUUAUCUGGUGCAGUUCAAACCUGCUCAAGGUCGAUGGCAAGUCUGCAGCAGAUGCACAGGACAGGACCUCACUUUAAAACACGACCACCUCGGCAGCCAUUGGACGGGAAACCAUUUGCAAAGGGUGUUGUGUUGAAGACACUCAUUAAGAAACCAAAGAAACCUAACUCAGCAAACAGAAAGUGUGUCCUUGUACGAUUAUCCACAGGGAAAGAGAUGGUUGCAUAUGUGCCAGGAGAAGGACACAAUCUGCAGGAGCACAAUAUAGUCCUCUGCAGAGUUGGCCGGCUCCAGGAUGUUCCCGGAGUGAAGAUCAAAUGUGUCAGGGGCAAAUACGACCUGUCACAUGUACUGAAGAAAUAAUUUCUUACUUGAUGCUUUUAGAUUGUGUGUUGAAGUUGACUUGUAUAAUACUUACUGGGUACCAUACAUUGUGGAACGUGUUUUCUGGGAAAUGUGUUUAUAGACUGUAAAUAGUCUGAGAGACAAACAAUAACUUCAACUCAGGCACCGUUUCGAAACACAUUUUACCUGCCAGCGGAGAACCUGUCUAAUAAAUUGAAGAGUAUCAAGAACUAAAUUGUAGACUUUUUUGAAUAAACGACAUCCUC